AUCGGUGUGUGAGUUGUUUUGAAUGGAAAUAGCACAGUUUUGGCGGUGAUACACAUUAUCUCUCACAAUGGGUUGCAACACAAGUCAGGAAAUUCCAAACUACAAUCCAAAUGCGGCCGACGGUACCCUCCCAAAGGAUGAGCUUGCAGAAUUGCUGGAAGGCGAUAUUGAAGAAGUCGAAGCGGCAGCCACCAAGAUCCAAGCAGCGUUCCGAGGCCACCAGGUGCGAGCAAAGAACACAAUGAAACAGGGAGACGUCAAUGGAAGCGAAUCGCAGCAAAAAGCCGGUGCGGAAACCGAACGGGAACCGACCCAGCAGGAGCUGGAGGCUGAAUUCGAUCCCAACGACCAAGAGCUAACCCAUGCCGCCACUAGGAUCCAGGCAUGCUUCAGGGGGCACAUGUCCCGGAAAGAAGGCGGCAAAAAGGAGGACGAGGAAGAUGACAAGAAGGAUGUCGAUAUUGAUGAAUUGACCAAAAAGGUUGCCGAAGAACUCGAUAUUGAUAUGGACGAUCCGGAGCUGCACAAGGCGGCUAGCAAAAUACAGGCCUCGUUCCGUGGCCACAAGGUUCGCAGGGAGGUCCCCGACGCCAAGCCGGACGACAAGUAGGAUGGCAACUUGCAUUUGCACCAGUAAACAAAUUUGAAUAAAAAAUAAAACUACACUAGAUUGCAUCCAUAAAUUGAAAUAUUAAACUACAAGGAAAUUAACAUGGAAACCAUUCACCUUACAGAUCAAAGUGAAGUUAAAUAAAAUGAUGUGUCGAUUAUAAAAUAUAUGACAACUACAUUAGUACACUUGUUAUAAUUUUAUAACUUUUAUCGAAACGAUACAGAAAACAUACACAUAUAGUGCAAUGCGAUUCGGCAUAUUUUGAAAUUACAGAGAAAUGACUUUAUAAAAAAAACCAAACAUUUGCGAACAAUUAACGUACGACUUUCGAUGAAGCAUCAAUACAUUCUUUCAAGUUUUAGAAUAACCACUGCUAAUUCCAUUGUCAUCAUAGUUCCUUCUCUAAAUUACGAAAAUAGAAAUUCAAACGUGAAGAUCAAACACACUACAAUAGCGAAUAACAAAUCUGGAACAACGAUUCGGCACUAGUGACACUCCCCAAAAAUCGUAUCCCAAGCCCAUUUAUAAAACAAUUUAGCGACAACACACACACACACACCAGAAAAAACUACAAUCCAGAGCAGUGUUAGCAUAUACCUAUAACUAGAUUUUGCAGAGUUUUGUCCAUAGCAGAUUACAACACACCGAUAAAAAAUUGUGGUCAAACUACAACGCAUACACAUAAUAAACCAAUACUGGAAAACAACAUCAGCUAGUAAAAAAUAAGAAGCAUUCAAUUGCAGUGAGCUUUAAAUCCCGAUUAAAUUAGUGAAGCUAAA